GGAGCGGGAGCGGGAGCAGGAGCUGCCCUGCCCGUCGCCAUGAGCGCAGGCAAAGCAGGCGUGCCCCUCCUGCUCCCCCUGGCCGUGCUGCUGGCCGCCGCCUCCCAGCCCCCCGGGGGGGACCCCCCGAAGGAGCAGGGGGACACGGAGCCGCCCCGCUGCCCCAGCCCCUGUGCCUGCAGCCUGGACGACUACAGCGAGGAGCUCAACGUGUUCUGCAGCGCCCGCAACCUGACGCGCCUGCCCGAGGACGUGCCCCACAACGCCAAGGCCCUGUGGCUGGACGGCAACAACUUCACCCUCCUGCCAGCUGCUGCCUUCAGGAACCUGUCAGCCCUGGACUUCCUGGACCUGCAGAGCAGCCAGCUGGCCGGUGUGGAGCAGCACGCCUUCCACGGGCUGAGGAGCCUCUACCACCUGCACCUGGAGCGCAACCGCCUCAGGCACCUGGCGCCCCACACCUUCCUGCACACCCAGAACCUCGUCUCCCUCAGCCUCAACAACAACCACUUCAGCAAGGUGGAGGAAGGGCUGUUCGCGGGGCUCUCCAACCUCUGGUACCUGAACCUGGGCUGGAACUCGCUGGUGGUCCUGCCUGACAAGGUGUUCCACGACUUGCCCAACCUGAGGGAGCUGAUCCUGGCCGGGAACAAGCUCCCCUACCUCCAGCACCAGCUCUUCUGCAGCCUCACCGAGCUGAAGGAGCUGGACCUGAGCGGGAACGCGCUCAAGGGCAUCAAGAUCAACAUCUUCGUCAAGCUGCAGAAGCUGCAGAAGCUGUACCUGAACCACAACCAGAUCAACGCCAUCGCCCCCCGCGCCUUCAUGGGCAUGAAGGCCCUGCGGUGGCUGGACCUGUCCCACAACCGGCUCGUCUCGCUGUACGAGGACACCUUCCUGGGCCUCCUGAGCCUGCACGUCCUCCGCCUGUCCACCAACUCCAUCACCAGCCUGAGGCCCAGGACCUUCAAGGACCUCCAGUUCCUGGAGGAGCUGCAGCUGGGGCACAACAGGAUCCGGAGCCUGGCGGAAAGGACCUUCGAGGGGCUGGGGCAGCUGGAGGUUCUCAGCCUCAACAACAACCAGCUGCAGGACAUCAGGGCCGGGGCCUUCCUGGGGCUGUACAACGUGGCAGUGAUGCACUUGUCUGACAACUGCAUCAAGGUCCUCCCUGACUUUGUCUUCAAGGGGGUCACCAAGCUGCACAGCCUCCACCUGGAGCGCAGCUGCGUGGGCAGGAUCCGAGCAAACACCUUCUCCGGGCUGUCCAGCCUGAGGAGGCUCUUCCUGCAGCACAACAGCAUCUCCCUCAUCGAGGACCAGAGCUUCAGUGAACUGCACGAGCUCCUGGAGCUCGACCUCAAGCACAACAGGCUGAGCCACCUCUCGCCACAGCUCUUCGUGGGUCUGAGCAACCUGGAGUACCUCUUCCUGUCCUCCAACCAGCUCCUGGAGAUCUCUCAGGAUACCUUCAGCCCGCUCCAGAGACUCUUCUGGCUUGACCUUUCCCACAACCAGCUGGAGUCGCUGGACAAUGCCGUCAUCUCCCCCCUGGCCAACCUGCGGUACCUCAGCCUGAGGAACAACUCCCUGGAGACCUUCUCUGUGGGCUUCCUGUGCCCCCCCUUCGCCCUGGAGCAGCUGUGGCUGGGGGGCAACAACUGGCACUGCAACUGCUCGCUGAAGGGGCUGCGGGAGCUGUCCCUGCAGCGGCCGGCCGUGGUGCCGCGCUUCGUGCAGUCGGUGGCCGAGGGGGACGACGCCCAGGUGCCCGUGUACACCUACAACAACCUCACCUGCCAGCACCCCCCGGCCCUGGCAGGGCUGGACCUGCGGGACACCACCGAGGAGAGCUUUGCUCACUGCUGAGCUGGGCUGGCCCCUCCCGGGGGAUGAGCUGUUCCCGAUGGGGGAUCCUCCCCUGCCACCUCCCUGCCCCUGUCCCGGGGCAGCAGCAGGAGCUGGGGCUCUGUGGCCACCCCAGACGAGCCCAGCCUUGCCACCACCUCCAGCUGCCACCACAAGGAGAGCCAAGCCCAGGCAAUGCUGGAUGGGCAGCGGCUGCUGGGAUUCAAACUGAAUAUUUCAGCCCUUUAAUAUUUAAAUAGCAGCCCCCAGUUGUUCCCAGUGGGAACAUCUCUAAGCCUCCAGGAUGGGGGAAUGCUUUAUCCCCCUCACCCCUCCAGCAAGGGGCAUCCCUGCCCGGGCCAGGACUUUUGUGGGACAAAACAAAGCAUCUUCCUGCCACGGAGCAGUGGAGAAAUCCUAAAAGCCCCCUCGAGCUCAGGGAAGGGGGCAGAGGACUUGCUUUAAUGAUUCCUUGCAGCAGCAGAGAGCCACACGUCACUCACCUGAUAAAUGGCAGCAGACAAAUAAACCUUUGGAGCUAUUGCAACCCCUCUUGGAAGUACAUUUGUUCCACAGCUUGUGCUGCCUCCAGCUGGGGUUUCUCCCCAGAGCCCGCUCAGGGUGAGGGGUGCAGAUCCUGGCUGGGGGUGAGGAGCUCACAGCGUUUCCCACAAGCUCUGGGGGGGUGACACGUGCCCAGAGAGAGGGAGCAGGAGGUGCCUGGCCAUCCCCCCAGCAGCCCUGUCAGACUCCAGCGCUGCUCCUGGCUCUCCAAAUCCCAAAGAAGCGUUCAAAGGUCAGGUAAAAAUUUUCCUGGAAAAUUGCGCACGGGGAAAACCCGUGGGUGAGGUGUGGGUCCCACAGGCACAGUGGGAGCAGGGGGGGAUGGUGCUCCUGCUCUCCUCCAAGCAAUGGCUGCCUGCUAUAAUCCAGUCUGGUUAGUGGGAAAAUUUCCCUCUCUUCUUGAGACUUCACUGUGAGGGCAAAUCCCAGACAUGGAGAGGGAGGGAGGCAGGAGGGGCUCAGAGUCCAGGAGAGAGGGAGAUAAGAUGCAAGGCCACCCCCUCCAUUUGCUUCCUCAGCUUAACUCAAGCCUGCAAUGAGGAGGGCAGGUCCCAGGGGAGCAGCAGCCCGUGGAAAGAGGUCCAGGGAACGGGACACUCCGAGCAACGAAGCAGAAACCACCUGGGGACAUGGAGGAGCCCCAAGCGUGGCAGGGGGAUGGAGAACACCCGUGGCAAAUGAUCCCAAGAAGGACUGCCAGGGCCAGCCCACAGCAAGACAAGGGACAGGCUGGAUCCUGAAGCUGUUGCAGAAGAAGAAGGGAUUUAGCUGAAUUCCAGCAAGGAAACCAGGGAAAAGCAGGAAGUACCGGGAUGCACAUGAAGUGCUCGCAGCGCCAAGACUCGGACCUACAACGAGGUCUGAGGCCACGGGAAAAGCAGAAGUCACAGACUUGGAUU